CCAAGUCUGAGGCCAUGGUCUUCAACUGGAAAAGGGUGGCGUGCCCACUCUGGGUCAGGGAUGAGUUGCUUCUCCAAGUGAAGGAGUUUAAGUAUCUCUGGGUCUUGUUCACGUGUCGGGCGAGAGGGUAGUCAGAAAAUUAUAGAUGGAUUUGGGAGGAAUCUGCAGUGAUGCAGACACUAUACUGGUCUAUUGAAAAGACAGAUCUGAGCAUAAAAGGCUGUUGUUUUACUCGUCAAUCUCCUUCUUCUACUUUGAAUUGAAUUUUCCUACAUUUGCCUGAGCAACAGGCAAUCUCCGUCAAUCUCCUUCUUCUACUUUGAAUUGAAUUUUCCUACAUUUGCCUGAGCAACAGCGAUAUCAACAGCAUCCUGACUCAAACAGCCCAUACAGUAAUAUCAUGCAGAAGAGGAUCUUAUUGGUUGUUUUACAUCUUACAGGGUGGCACAUCUCCACCUGCCUGUAUCGUCAGUACCACUAUGUUACUGAUGCAAAGAACUGGACCAUGGCUCAGACCUAUUGCAGACAGAGAUAUAAAGACCUGGCAACUAUUGACAACAUGGUCCAAAUGAACCAGUUGAUGAACAUAGUUUCUUCAACUGGUAACGAUGCUGAGAUCUGGAUCGGUCUGUACGCUAAAAUUGCUUGGAUGUGGUCAGAUAGGACCACAGGACUUGGGGCUGAAUAUAGGAAGUGGGAAAAUAAUACUAAUGAACCAGAUUUUUACGGAGCCAGAGAAACAUGUGUCUCCAUUGGAGAAGAUGGAGGAUGGCAGGAUGAGAUAUGGAUACAAGAAUAUCCAUUUAUCUGUAAUAAUGGAACACAGCUAGAGCCUGAAUUUGUUCUUGUUGAUGAAGCAAUGGAUUGGGGGAGUGCUCAGGCUUGCUGCAGCCAGAACUUCACAAGCCUGGUCACUGUGAAGAACGACAUAGAGAACCAGGUGGUCCAGAGCUUGGUGCCAAGUGGCGAUCGGGCAUGGAUUGGUUUAAGCAGGCCUAAUUGGGUUUUUUGGUCCGAUCAGAGCAGAUUCAAUUUUGGCUACUUUGACAACGUUGCAAACCCGAUUGACUCGAUGACAGUCAUGUGUGGUGUUUUGGCUUUGAAAAGUUCAGGAAAAUUUAGGUUUUUGUCCUGUGAAACAAGCUUACCCUUUGUCUGCUACAGCUUCCCUCCACCCGUAAAACAGCAUGUAGUUAAGCUGAGACUGAAUCCUGGGUCCUCCGGUCUGGAUUUGGAUGAUCCUAUUGUGAAAUCAGAAGUCCUGAAAAAGUUCAAGGUAAGGUUGAACCAGCAAGGAAUGAGUUUUGUCACCCUGACGUGGAGAGAGCAGCCUCAUAAAUUAGUAUUUCAGAAAGAGGAAACAUGAAAGAAGACUGAGCUUUGAAAUUUGUGCGUCCUUGCUUCAUUAAUAUCCACAAUGCAUUCCUGAAUUUUUCAUUGUAACCCUUUUAAAUAAAAUGUUAAAAUAGAUCUUUCUUCUUUAAUAAUAUUGUUUGUGUAAUGUAGACAAUACCUGUGUGAACAGGCGUUUUAGAAGCUGUUUAUGAAUGCUUAGAGGACAAAUCAGUGUUCUGUUGCAUGAAAGACUUAUUUUGUAAUGUUAUGCAGGCUGACAUCAGCUUUCAUUAUUAGCCUUCAUUACGACUUUAUUUCAAAUGAAAUU